AUGAGUACCUUUCUCCAACCAGCAAUUGCAAUAACCGCUCUUCUUUUGCUCCAACUCUUUCCUCCUCCAACCAUGGCUGCCUGGUUUGCUUAUAUCACGGACGAGGAUGGUGAACCAAUGCUAAAUGGCGGAACAUAUUACAUCAUCGCCACCAAUGGUGGAGGCCUCGCCGUGGCACAAAAACCACAAACCUUGGCGUGCCCUCUCUUUAUAGCCCAAGAGAAAGAUGGUUCAUCUAUUGGCCACCCUUUCAAAAUCACUUCUCCAAUAAGCUCAAAGUACCUUCCGUUUGGUCCAACUGAAUUCUAUGUUGUUGACGACACUACCACCUGCACGAAGCCACUAGCGUGGCGAUUAACCACGGAUAAUGCAACCGGCCAAAUCUAUGUGGCUGCGGGUACUACUGAGUCGCUCGGGCCUAGUCCAUUCAGUAUAACAUUACCAUUCAGCGAUGUCCAACCAAAUGAAUAUGAGAUAUUCCAUUGUGACAACGUCAUAUGCAAACUUGCUGGAAUCUUUUGA